AUGGCAAAACUUUUACCAAGAAUUGGUUCCCGCAAGAAUGGACGUAUUAGUUCACGUAAAAAUGCACGUAAAAUUCCUAAGGGAGUUAUUCAUGUCCAAGCAAGUUUCAACAAUACUAUUGUGACCGUUACAGAUGUACGAGGUCGGGUGAUCUCUUGGUCCUCCGCAGGCGCUUGUGGAUUCAGGGGCACAAGAAGAGGGACGCCAUUUGCUGCUCAAACUGCAGCAGGAAAUGCUAUUCGGACCGUAGUGGAUCAAGGUAUGCAACGAGCAGAAGUCAUGAUAAAGGGUCCUGGUCUAGGAAGAGAUGCGGCAUUAAGAGCUAUUCGUAGAAGUGGUAUACUAUUAAGUUUCGUCCGGGAUGUAACCCCUAUGCCACAUAAUGGCUGCAGGCCUCCUAAAAAAAGACGUGUGUAA